AUGGAAAUCUACAAUCAGACCACUACUGACUUUGUCCUCCUGGGCCUGUUCCCCCCAUCCAGCCUUGGCCUGUUCCUCUUUGCUGUCACCAUCCCCACCUUCCUGGUGGCCCUGACUGGCAACCUGUGCAUGGUCCUGCUCAUCCUCCUGGACGCCCAGCUCCACACACCCAUGUACUUACUGCUCAGUCAGCUCUCCCUCAUGGACCUCAUUUACAUCUGCACCACUGUGCCCAAGAUGGCUUCGGGUUUCCUAUUUGGAAACAAGUCCAUCUCCUUCAUUGGGUGUGGAGUUCAGUGCUUCUUCUUCGUGACUUUAGCAGGAGCAGAAGCGUUGAUCUUGAUGUCUAUGUCCUAUGACCGCUACGUGGCUAUUUGCCUCCCUCUGCACUACCCCAUCCGCAUGAACAGAACAGUGUGUGUGCUGAUGAUCCUGGGAUCCUGGGUCAUGGGUGUUGUCAACUCCUGUGCUCACACAGUCUAUGUUCUCCAUAUCCCUUACUGCAGGUCCAGGGCCAUCGAUCAUUUCUACUGUGAUAUCCCAGCCAUGCUGACUCUGGCCUGUGGGGACACCAGGGUCUAUGAGUACACUGUGUUUUUCACCACGGUCAAUUUUAUCCUGUUCCCUUUUACUGUCAUCCUGGGUUCCUACAGCAAAGUGCUCCUUGCUGUCUACCGCAUGCACUCACGGGAAGGCAGGAAGAAGGCUUAUUCCACCUGCAGUGCCCACCUCACCGUGGUGACUUUCUACUAUGUACCCUUUGCUUACACAUUUCUCUGCCCCAAAUCGCUCCGGUCUCCAGCAGAGGACAAGGUGGUGGCUGUCUUGUACACCAUCCUCACCCCAAUGCUCAACCCUGUGAUCUACAGCCUGAGGAACAAGGAGGUGCUGGAGGCUCUGGGAAGAGUGACUGGGAGGUUUGUUCUGCAGGAAUGUAGGUAA